GGAGAUACGGUGUUCGAGCACGAGCCUCCUGGAUCGUCCCGAGGGUGAGCCGAAGGGGACCAAGCGGAGGACACCGGGACCCGUGAAAGAGCCAAGUCCACCGGCCGCAGCGGAGAAAGAGGAAAUGCGCGGAUCGGUCGGUGCGCCGGACGUCGUCAGUGUCGUGGGACGAGUUUGAAAGACGAUCCGGAUGUGGCUGGAUCCGCUUGUUCUCUUCAUCGGCUCCGUCACCGUCAGCUCCUCGAAUCCACGGACUCAGCCUCAUCCAACCGAGACCAGACUCCCUCGGUCGGACCGACGAUACGAGGAUUUCGGCCGAUGUAUCGCGUCCGUUCACAAUAAGAUCUCGUCGAGCUUAUGAACGCUGCACGGAGACACGCGGCCGAGCGGAAUUAAAAGUGCGCUUAAAAAGGUUAGCGGGAUAAAAAAGGCGCGCGCGCGAAAGGAUAAGAGAAAGGAAUAGGAGCCACCUCCGAGUCCUUGAGAGUACCCAACGGGUAAAAGUGCCGCGCACGGAGCCAGCCGGUUGACCCUGGGCAGCCAACGGAGCAGACCCCGUUGGAAAAAAGUUCUCCAUCGUCGUCGACGUCGCUUUUCGUCGUCGCCUCCGCCACCGCCGCCGUCGUCGCGAUCGUAAUUCACGCGGCCACCUUUCUCCCACGGCUGAAUCGCUCGGAUUCGAAGGCUCUCGUGUUUGCGAAAUAAUAAAUCAGGUGUCAGGGGACACAUCUUUCGCGCGACGAUCACGUGCGCGACCAUCGACGAAUCAUCACCGAAGAACGACUGAUUCCUCGCCUCACGAUCGAAUUCCGAUCGGAAUCCGCCUUGAACAAGGACCAAGGCGACUCGUCGACCGGCCACCGAAAAUUCCCAGAAAAAUCUGCUCUACGAGCGCUGCUCCUCCUUUCUCCGUGUACCGCGACUAUGUGGACGUGUUCAGCAGUGUGAAGUGAUUCAGUGCCAAGCUUCGAUCAUUGUUCCGGUUGCUCAUUUUUUCUUCUUCGUCGCGGGCUGUUUCGUCCCGUCGUUUUCUUCCACGUCCGACCGUUCCUUGUUUGCGUUUCACCACGACGUGCCGUGAUCUAUUUCUCGGUGGUGAUCCACGUACCGGUAUAUCAAUGUACGUCACGUGUAUGCACCGUCGUCGUCCUCGCCGCCGCUAUCACGGGAUUUCGGGUCGUCGGCUCGUGGAGAUGCUUCGUGACUCUUCAAGAGAGUCUUAACGGAAAAUAUUGCGUUCGCCGAUUUUUGUUCCCUUUGGAUACCAUAUUGGAUAAAGUGCGGACGACUCAAGUUACACAAGAAAGCGGCCAUUUAUUUUCCAUCGACCUGAUAUCAAAGAAAACCGUCUAACACCGUAAUCUUCGAUCUUCAAUAUGUCUCUCACGAUGUAUACUGACGGUCUCCUGACACUUCAUUAUGGGAAGCAUCCAGCGACCUUGGCCGCGGAGGUCGGCGCCUGGUAUACCGGGGACCGUCACGUGGACGUGACGUUGGCUUGCGACGAUGGGUCCGUUGUUAAGGCCCACCGCGUUGUUUUAGCAGCAGCUAGUCCUCUCUUGGCUGGUCUCCUUCGCAACCCCGCCUUGGAUCACGUGGUCCACUUGUCUGGGGUUCGAAAAACCCAGCUGACUCAUUUGCUGGAAUUUCUCUACAACGGAGAAGCUCUCAUACCGUCGACGGAGCUGACACCGUUGAGGGAACUAUUCGAACUUCUUCAAAUCAAGUCAGAGUUGUUCGAACCGAAUCAACCUCAAACCUCCAGCAACUCAGACCCCGAAAGGAUACCCACCCCUCAGCCCUCGGAGGGUCAAGAAAGCUCGAGCUACGAGUCGCAGUACGACGGCAGGCAGUCGAACAAUCCCGCGGAUUGCUGCUCGGUGCUCAUAAAAACCGAGGGCUGCGAGGAGGAACCGGAAGUGGACGUGGAAGGCAUUGAGGGGGAAGCGCUGCUCACGGAGAAUAGGGAGAGCAGUAUAGAACCGCCGAGGAGGAGGGAUAGCUCUGACCCUGUGAAUCUAAGUUUAAAUUCUGGAACUUCCACUACUAGCGAAAGUUCUCAUGACAUUGUACCUAGGCCAGAAAAACAGUUAUUGGAAAGGCGAGAAUCUCUAGAAGAAGUUGAAGAGAGGAGAAGACAACUGUCAGCUCGACUCGCAUUAGGCUUAGAACCAGGAAAACGGAAACCAGAAGAAAUACCUAUCCCACCUGCGGAGGCGUAUGUUGUCACUCCCCAUCGGAAACGAAGGCCAGGCUUUCACAAUGCACCCGCACAGAAUCCGGCUUUUGUACCAUUCAACCCUGGAUUCGAGACGCCGAGGCGGCUGCAAGCGCCACAUCCUCUCAGCGUCUCGGCACCACCAUACCUGCAGGAUAGGUCGGUGACGCCUCCAGGAGCAUCGCACCGGCCACCAAGUGCGGAUCCAGCGUCGGCGGCGGGCUUGGAGCCACCUUGGGGUUCUUGGGCUUUGCCACCGGCAAGGGCUCCUCCCCCACCACCGUCGGACGAUCCGCCGAAAUCUACCCCCGUUCGUGAAUACCGGUGCAGUUAUUGUGGUAAACAGUUUGGCAUGUCCUGGAACUUGAAGACUCAUUUGAGAGUGCAUACGGGCGAGAAACCGUUCGCGUGUAGACUCUGCGUAGCCAUGUUCAAGCAGAAGGCCCACCUGUUGAAGCACCUUUGUUCGGUGCAUAGGGGUGUGAUAGCAGCGCCCGAUAACACUUUCACAUGUUGUUUCUGUUCGUUGAGUUUCGACAGUCUCCAAGAACUUAUCAGGCAUCUGUCAGGGCCGCAUAACAAUCUGCUGCUCAGCAAGAAUCUACAUGACUAGCGACAAGGUUAAGGCCAACCGGUGCCGAAGCUCGAACGCAUCUCGACCGAACUCCGGUUCCGCGUCCCGAUCACCGAUUCGAGCUGCCUCGAAUCGUAGUCUAGACCAUAAUGUUACGAGUGCCUUUUGAAAUUCGAAUUGCAACAAGCAAGCAAGCAAGCAAGCAAGCAAGCAAGCCAUUUCCAGUAUUCGCUCUUCGACGCAGCAUUUCUCUUUGUUGCUUUUAUCGUGUAAUCGUUGGUCUGGAUAUUGAUCUCGAGAUGCGAAGGCAUUUACAUGUCCGUUAGAGAAAGUGUGUCUCCGAAUAUUUCUACCUGAUCUCAAACGUUUCAGUAAAGGACGUUCGAUUGAAGACACUUGGAAAAUUUUCGGAGAGAGCGUCAUGCUGCCGGAUGUUGUUUCUUCGCGAAGAAAAUUCACACGCUGAGUGGUAUUUAUUCGUCGCGGAAAUUGAAGAAAAGAAAUGUACCGAAUUAGAAUGUUUUAUUUUUAAGGAGUACACGCGCAAGCGUCGCAGAAACAAUUUCUUUUCUUCAAGAAGAAACAGCAUGGUGUACCGGGAGGGCCUUCCACGAAAGCGUUAGAUCGUUACCACGAUUCUUCAGCCGGAGGUGAUCCGAGGUCGAUGCCAAUGACCGAUUUACCAGUCUAUUGUAAUAAGUGAUGACCAGUAAUUCUGACCAAAUAACAUAUUUCCGUAUGUUGACGGUCUCCCUGAGGAAACGUUACGAGACGGGAACAAGAGAAAAGUAAAACGCGUUACGGUAACGACGAAGCGAGAUCGAGUUAAUUGUCACGCGUCGGAUUUCGUCGGGUCCGUGAAACUGGACUCGAUACGCGCGCGCGCGUUCUCGUUGCGUCUUUGCUCACCGCGGCAUUGCCUCUGAACGUUUCUCGUCCGCGUCACGUGACACUGACAAGAAGACGUCUCGUUUACCUCAAGCGCGCGCAACACACGCAUACUCACACACAUACACACAAAAUCUCACAUGUAAAUAAUAUUAAUGUUAAUAGUAGGAAACAAAGCGGACGGAUAACGAUUUAUUUAUUUUACACUUUGCAAAGGGACCAACCGAUUUUCCACCGACUUCUGUCUUAGGUAGAUAUUAGGUGACCUGCCCAUCAAUCACCUCGAAUCAAUUUCGCUCGUUGGAGAGCCGAACGGUGUUAAAAUUACCGCGCGGAAUGUAUUCGAUCGGUAGCCCGACGAAAAUCGAAAGACAAAUCUAUUGGUGUUUUCCUGUAAAUCCCACGAAGAGAGGAACAUUAUCGGCGAAUCGCGGUUCUAGGAGAAAAGGUGGCGAUCAUUUUUCUUUUUCCAAACUGGGUCGAUGCUGUUCACCGGAACAGUCGUACGGACGUUGACAAUGUUCUUCCAAGUAAAAUCCUCGUCUUCCAUUUUAUCAGUCUAAUCCCUUUUUCUCUUCUGCAUCAGCCUUCCAACCACCUCACCGCGUCAGUUCAGUAAUUUCGAUUUGGUGUAAAACAUCUUUGGUAUCUCAGCGACUCGAGUGCCUUGUCAAAUGGGUCCAAAUUGGUCGAUUGGGCAGUGAUUUCAUGUGUUCAUAGGCUUAAGAUACGUACACGUGUAAGAUGACGAUACGAGCUCGCUUAGGAAUUGAAGGAAACGUUAAUCAAUUCACGUAGAAUGUCUUUAAAUAUUACUCGAAUUAAUUCAAGUUUCGUUAGGGUCUAGAUAGAGAACAUUUUUAAGUAGUAGCUUCUUGUUUCUUUAAUUCCUCUUUUAUUUUUUUUUCUUUCGUUGACGCAGGACGUCAUUUCUCUUUUUUAGGUAGGUAUUAUUACCUAAGGUGCCUUGAAGAAGGGCCUCAGCCUCUUUUUAACUCCUCGACCGUGAAAAAAAAGCAUCGGAAACAAAGGGUUUCAAAGGAGCCCUACUUUUAUAGGUUAUGUUACAUUCCACCCGGACAUCCCUGUAGAUGCGAAAUUGCUGAAACGAUCCAUUCGAAAGAAUUCGGUAAACGCGAAUAUCUGACGAACGCUAGCGAACACAGUACCUUCCCGAUUAAUUUCUCCCCUUCCUUUCUCGUAGCAAAUUUUCCGUCUUGAAAUGGUAACGGAGGCAAUACAUGCUGUAUCGUAUACGCGCGCGGACGCGAGAAGGAUGGUAAAAAGAGGUUCGAGGGGUGGUGUGCGCUCUCAUUAAGCCAGACAAAAAACGGCCAGCACAAAACAGUGAACGCAAUGUGAUACUAAAUGAUAAUAAAGAUAAAGUAAUUAUUAUUUAGCGUGCGACGCCUCGGCGCAUGGCACGAGCGCAAUCCGCGGCUUUGUCAGGAAAAGGGAGGAAACCGUGGCGACCGCGAGCGGAGAAUUCGUCGGGUCCGAUCCUUUUUUCUGCGAGCUGCCUAAAUAAUUUUUAGUGACCAACGUUUCUUCGUUUCUCUCUUUUUUCAACCCUUUCUCCUAGAAAUCCCCGAUCCAACCCCCUCGUCCCCUCUUCUGGAGUCGUAAGUGCACUAGGGUUACGUAUACAGAUUAUUUUAUCGUUAAUUAGUUACGUUUAUUGCGUAUGCAUACACGCGCUCGCGGCCAGAUGUCGGAGACGGAAGGCAGUCGUCUUUCGAAAUAUAUAUGUGGAAAUAAAAAUGAUUUUCUCGAACGGACCUGCGGUUCAAUUGUUACUCUCGACAGAAUCGAACGGAGGAAAUUCGUGUACGAAGAGAAUAUAAAAUAUAUAUGUAUAUAUAUAUUUGGUUAUAUAUACAUAUACAUAUAUAUAUUUCUUUGACGAGCAUACACACGCAACAGUUAUCGUUUCUCGCGGAUCUAAUGGCCCAUAGGCCUAUAGUAUGCUUCUCAGUAACGAUGCAAAAUGCUAGAGAACGUAGAAGAAAAUUUCUUUUCCUUUUCUAUUAGGUAAAUUAUAGUGAGCGACGAAGUUUUGUUCGAUAUGUGCUUUAAAGUGAACAAAUUAUGGAUUCUGAAGCACGAUGUGAACACGCUCGAUCGCCUGUGAGAUGUUUUAGACGUGAUAUCGAAUUAUUUCUAAAUUCUAAAAUGGAGUUCUAUGUUUCUUUCGAAUAGAAAAGUACUUGUCCUUCGUUGUCAUCGUGCAUUUUCUUUUUGUUUCUGUACGUUGUCGUUUAAAUACGUUCUGUCCUUCGGACAUUUGGCCAGAGUUAUGUAGAUUUUAAGCAUCUUCCGAGCGGAGACCGUUUCCGCGUGCUUUCUUAGUGUUCAUAGGUUUACAAAAAAUAAAUUAAUUCAAACAAGAUACACGCGAGCAAUAACGAAUCUGCUGCCUGAAACAACAUAUGCCGUGGCCGUAUUCCUUUCCUUUUUCUUGCUUGGCAAGUUUCCCUCUCUUUAAGUAGUUAAUUAAUACAAACUCGAGAGACGUUUGCAACAGAAAUAUUGAUAUAGGAGAAUUUAUUAUUGCGGUGAUCGCUCGUUUCUCAUUUGCAUAAAAAUGUAAGAAUUUUGGUUCAAAAUGUUUGAACGAUAAUAGUUUCACUUUCUUUGCUUACUGUGCGCUAAAUAAUUCCAUAAGCAUUAAAAGCAAAUAACAAUUUAAUUCAGUUGAAAGAUAUGUCUGCAAGAUCUGACGGAUAUAUUGCUUUAUUUUACUUCCUGGAUAAUUACAGAUAUAUAGUAUUUAUAACUAAACUGUGGAUAAUUAUGCAAAUAUAAAUUUGUAAGGUUUUGUUUAUGAAUAUAGAGAGCAGAAGAAGAAUCUUGUUAGUUUAUCGAAUAUUUCAUUAAAAAAUUGAAAUAAAAAUGCAGUAUGUUAAAUAACAAUGAGUACUAUAAAUAUAUAAAAUAUGCAGUCUGUUUACUGUAUUUUAUUUUUUUAUUCCGAAAUGUGAUACUGAAUCGAUUAAGUUGUCAACAGUAACAUUCAGUAUUAAGAACUUCAAUAAUUUCCAGUAACUUUCUGUCAUUUGCAUUUUUAUAUAUGGUUAUUAAAAGUUUUAACAUAUACACAGAGUUUUGAGUUAGCAGGUAAAAAUUAUCCUGAAGAAAGCAUAUAUUUCGACAUAAAUACAAGAAUAAAGUAGUAAACACCUAAAAUUCGUUAAGCAUCUUUUAGAAUUAAACUUAACAAAUGGAAAAUUUUAGCUUGUAAUGAUGUAAUAUAUUUUUUAUUGUGCUAAUAGGUACAAUGAAGGAACAAAAAACACUAAUCGGUAUAAAAAUUAAAUGUACAUAUUAAAAAACGGUUGAGAAACGUUAAAAGAUUGUUAAUUAAACAAUGCAGCAAUGAAUUCAAACGUUUAAAUUAAAUUUAUUACGUAACGCAAAGAAUUAAUCUAGUAAAAAAAUUACGUAGUAUUAAUUUGUUAACUUGAGUAUUUACGUCACUUUGUCAAUUUAUUAUUAUAUACAAAUUCAUAAAAAUUAUUUUGUUAUUUAAAAAAUUACAUUAAUAAUUAAGUUUAACAUGACCAACAAAAGGAUUAAACCAAUUACAAUUCCUUACAUUUUUUACGUAGAAGAAAAAUGUCAUAUAAGUGAAGAUAUUGCCAGCAUUUUAUGGAUUUAAAGUAUCAAGACAAAUUUUUUUGCAAUAUUUAAAAUAUUUCUAUCUCAUCAAUGUCUACAACAGGAUUCGGUUAUACCACAUAUAAAUUUUACGUAGUCAUUAGUUCAAUUUAACGAGAUUUCAUUGCUAUUUUGUGAGGUAAGUAAAUUUUAAUGUAUAAACUGUAAUAAAAUAGAGAGACCUGAAAUGGUUAUUAAACUGACUAAUUUAUUUUUGAUUUUAUGGAACUCUUGAUACAAAUUUUUGCUUAAAUCUCGAUUUCAAAAGGUAUCUAGACCACGAACACUAGAAUUUGCAUAAAUGUCUACAGUUUAAUAAAAACAUACCAAUUAUUUAAUCAUUAAUUACAAACUAUUACUUGUCUUUUAACGUCUUUCAUUAUACUUGCACAUAGUAAAAUAUCAGUCUUUUAAUUUAUCACACACUAAGCGAACGAAUAAAAUUAAAAUUACUUUUGAAACCAUUAGACAACCGAAUUAAAAAGUGUUUAAAUGGUCGUAGAGAAUUCAGUUUAGUUCAAAGAAUCUUAACAUUUAAAAGACCCCUCACGAGAUAUUUCAAUUGUAUUUUUCUUGCACAGUUAGUUACUAAAAACUGUUAUAUUACAAAACUAAUAGCUGAUCUAUUCAAUAACUUCAUAAAUUUUUGUAUUUCCUCAAUUCAUUUCACAUUUUUAAGCCAGGAAAAGGUAUCAGAACUAUGCAACCAUUUAAGUGGUCAGAAUCCUUGACAAUAUUAUCAGGGAAUAAACUAAAGAUCAUGGAAACUAUCAGUGAUUCAAGAAUUCCGGAUGAGCAGCGUUCUCCUGUAACCGUUGUUCGUUUCUGUACUUAAUGAAGUGUAGCAGGCCGAAGUGUCUACUUGAAGCUAACGGUUCGAUAUCUUCGACGAUUUCAUACAAAAAGAAAACCGUGACAGGGAACCCGUUACCGGUGAUCUACGUUUCAGAGCGGCGGUGUAUGCUAAGCGCUUCGACGACAGUAUCGAUUGCAUAAUUGCAACGCGAUAAGUAAUAGUCAGUUCUUGUUUUACUCCACAGAGAACUCGGACACAUUUGCCAUCUACCUGUUUCAUUUGUGAUCAUAAAUACUUGCUUGCUAAAGGUCGAGGUUGCUGAAACCGGCUUCAUGAAUGGCUACAGGAAGAGGAAUAAUGCCAUCAAAGGUGUGAGUUUCACAAUCGUGCAUUCCAAGAUGGCCGGUGUGAUGCACUAUAAUUCCACCUGUCGUAAACAAACCUUCGGAAACCAGAUUUGAAGCUAGGAUUACAUUCAAAAGGACAUAAUCCAUUUGAGGCUGAAUAUAUUUCUUCGGCUACAUGGAAUUAGAAAUUUUGGGGACGAUGAGGGGACAGAACUGUUUGAACCAGGAAAUAAGUACAUUUUUCGGAUAUUUUGACAGUGUAGUGUUUUGAUAAAGAUUUUUUUUAAUUCAUGUAAAAUUAUAGAAAUGUAGUAGAAAGUUAAUGCCAAACAAUUUUUUUUCAAUACGAAUUUUUAAGGAAUUUUUUCAUGAGAGCAUUUGCCUGUACGAGUGGUUUCAUUUUAGAAAUAUAGAUUAUAUAUGAAAAUAAAAAGAAAGGAAGGUUAUUUUUGUUUGUCGUGCUGAGAUUGUUAUGACGAGAAAAAUCAUUUUGAGAAAAAUGCGUUUAAAAAAAACUUUGGCUGUCGAGAUACCUAUACCGUUUUGUUCAAAAUAUCAUAACAUUAUCAACUUUUUAAAUUUUCUUUUAAGAUUGUUUUACGACGGGUUUAGAUUAUUAGAUUAUGAAAACAUGAAAAAGAUUUAACGGUUUGAUCUUUUUCAACAGUUGACUCCUUUUAAGAUUGUCUUAUAUUGUUUUUUAGAAAAUGUAUUAACAUAAAAUAAUAUUACUUACGGUACCUAUUGGAUUACCAUAUUCGAAUAUUUGUAAACCUUUUAAUACAAUUUGAAUUUUUUAAGAAUUUAUUCAUUUAUAUUUCUGAUACAGAAAUUAUUUAUGCAAUGCAAAUAAGAAUCCACUUUGCCAAUUUAUUGUGACAAAAAGAAAAUCAAAUUUACUUUGAAUAAUCAGGAAAAAAAAUUACAGAUGUGCA